AUGAUCCGUUACGCACUGCUAAGGAGCGGAAGGCGGACACUGCAGACUCGGCCCUCGCCACAGACACUAGAGGAACUCGCUCGUCUGAAGAGCCUAGAGGACGUGGAUAGUAGUGUUAUUCGGAAGCUAAUUAACCAACGUACAGAGGAGGUAAACGCACAGAAUGAGGCUCAGAUGCUAAAGAAGCUAUCCGCGGAAGGCCGGGACUUACAGAACGUCCCGGGCAGUCGCUAUGCUAGGCCGCUAUGGCUGCUGCUGAUUGGAUGUGCAUCGGUGUAUCUAGUGCGGGAUUGGCUAAGAAUGAAGGCCGAGUACGAUGCGCGUGAAACUACUCUGGAAACUCGCGUGGAGGGGCUAGAGGCGGAGCUGAAAUAUUUGUUGGAACCUAAGCCUGGAGUGCUAGAGGUAGAAGUCGUUCAAACAGAGGUUGCAUCUUCUGCGCCCUGGUAUAAACGCUGGCUCUGGUCCGGUUCUCGCUGA